AUGGCGGAGAAGUACUCAGUGCUAAUAGACUUGACAGCCGGUACUGUAGGUGGGAUUGCUGGUGUCGUUGUUGGACAGCCGUUUGAUACGAUUAAAGUACGGCUACAGAUAUACAACAAGUAUUAUAAUGGAGCCUUUGAUUGUGCUCGUGAAACACUUAAGCAUGAAGGAGUGUCGGGGUUUUUCAAGGGCAUGACGUCACCGGUUGUUGGUAGUGCAGCAACAAAUGCCAUCAUGUUUGCAGUUUACGAGCGAACACUGAAGAUGAUCGAUGAUAAUGUGCAGACCCCGACGCUCAAGUCUGUUUUCUAUGCUGGAGCAGUUGGUGGCUUUUGGCAGACCGUUCCAUUGGCCCCUGCAGAGCUCAUCAAGUGCAGACUUCAGGUGCAAGAUGGACGUCGAAGUAGUCAAUACCAAGGACCGAUGGAUUGUAUUCGGCAUAUUAUUAAAGCCAGAGGCACACCUGGACUUUUCCUUGGCUUUACGUGUACACUGUGGCGGGAGGUUCCGUCUUUUGCUGUCUACUUUUGGCUAUAUGAAUACACCAAGCGCAUGAUGAUGGAGAAUGGUAUCAACUCGACAACUUCCAUGCUGACGGCUGGAGGAGCUGCUGGUGUUGCGUCGUGGGUUGUUUCGUAUCCUUUUGACGUCAUCAAAUCUGCUAUUCAGACGCUUCCAGUGAAUCACAAGCCGGGUGAACACAAGAUUGCGUACCAGGCGCGGCAACUCUAUCGACUCGGUGGCUGGCGCAUCUUUUGUAGCGGUCUAGGUACUGCUUGUGUGCGAGCAUUUCCCUGCAACGCUGUCACAUUUUACGGCUAUGAAAAGUCCUCGGAACUGCUCAAGAACGUGAUACAAGACUAG